CUCCUCAAUAUUUUUUUCCCAAACUUCCUCUCCCCUCUCUCUCUCUCUCUCUCUCUCUCUCUAUUGCGUGAGUCAUUGAGCGGUGGAGAGGGCAGUGAUCGGGUGCGGCGGAGAUGGAUCCAGACCAGUUGUCGAGAGCAUUCGUGGAGCACUACUACUCGGCGUUCGAUGCGAAUCGAGCGGGCCUGGGGAUCCUGUACCAGGACGAGUCGAUGCUGACCUUCGAGGGCCAGAAGAUCCAAGGGUCGCAGAACAUCGUCGCGAAGCUCACUAGCCUCCCCUUCCAGCAGUGCCAGCACAGCAUAACCACCGUCGAUUGCCAGCCCUCCGGACCUGCCGGCGGCAUGCUCGUCUUCGUCAGCGGCAACCUCCAGCUCGCCGGCGAACAGCACGCUCUCAAGUUCAGCCAGAUGUUCCAUCUGAUGCCAACACCACAAGGAAGCUUUUACGUGUUGAAUGACAUAUUCCGAUUGAAUUAUGCAUGAAGACAAGAUUAACCCACGCAAAUUCAACAAAUGGCGCGAAUACAUGGCCAAAACGUCCUGGGUUAGAACUUGUUUGCUUAUCACUGUUUAGUUCCCGGCAUAUCGCAUGGAAAGUGGGUUGUUCUUUGGAUAUUUGUUUUCAACGUUUCAUUAUGCUUUUCUGUCCCAUAUUUCAGAGAUUUCUUGGGUGUGAUUGUUUGAAUGAAAGAUACCUUUCUGGGUAACUGUUUGAAUGAAUUGGGUAUAUUAAAAAUUUGAAGACUUUUUAUUUCA